UGUUAUGCUUGUUACGCAGCUGACGCUGAGACUCACUGUAGGUGUUGUGCCCCGAACGACUACCUAGUAGAGAAGUUAAACUUCAGAAUAUGCCACGAGUCUAUGUCGGAAGGUUAAGUUAUCAUGUCCGGGAGAAAGAUAUUCAAAAGUUUUUCAGCGGCUAUGGAAAGCUUUUGGAAAUCGACCUGAAAAAUGGGUAUGGGUUUGUUGAGUUUGAGGACACCCGUGACGCCGACGACGCCGUGUACGAGCUGAAUGGGAAGGAUCUGUGUGGAGAGCGUGUCAUCGUCGAGCACGCCCGUGGUCCACGGCGGGACAGGGAUGGAUAUGGUGGGGGUGGUGGGCGCAGUAGUGGUUACAGCAGCAGGAGCCGCAGUGGCAGGGACAAGUAUGGGCCCCCCGUCCGCACUGAGUACCGCCUCAUCGUGGAGAAUCUGUCCAGUCGCUGCAGCUGGCAAGACCUGAAGGACUUCAUGCGGCAGGCUGGAGAGGUGACUUAUGCCGAUGCCCAUAAGGAGCGGACUAAUGAGGGAGUGAUAGAGUUCCGCUCCCACUCGGACAUGAAGCGAGCCAUAGACAAGCUGGACGGCACCGACAUCAAUGGCAGGAAGAUCCGACUAGUUGAGGACCGUCCGCAUCGGCAGCGCUCGUACUCCGGAAGCAGGUCCAGGUCUCGUAGCCGUAGACGCUCUCGCAGCAGGAGCCGCAGGAGCAAGAGUUCCCGUAGCAACUCCAGAUCGCGCUCCCGGUCCAGAUCCCGGAGCAAGAGGAGAUCUAGUUCUAGGAGGAAGUCCCGAUCCAAGUCUCCUGCCCGCAAGUCCCGAUCCCACACCGGGAAGUCUCGUUCUCACUCCCGCAGGUCACGCAGCCACUCGGCGAGCCACAAGUCUCGCUCACGCUCGGAUGCCCGAAAGUCUCGCUCCAAGUCCCGCUCCAAGUCCGAGCAGGUGUCUCCGAGUCGCCCCAAGGAGAAGUCGGUCAGCAAAAAGUCCCGCAGCCGCUCGGCGUCGCCCGUGGAGAACGGGGAAGAGGAGUGUGCCAAGUCCACCUCCCGCUCCCCCUCUUCACGAGACGAUCAGCACGACUCGCCAGCUGAACACUCAGCCUCCCCAUCGCCGCCACGUUCAAAGUCUCUUUCUCGCUCCAGGUCUGAUUAAACCCAUCCCCUUGCUCACUCUGACACAGACAGGAGGAGGAAGCCACAAAAGCAUUUGGUUACCUGUUUCAGCCACUGAUGUCCAAAAUAUACCCGGGUAUGUUCGGUACGCUGGCUGUUAAAACUUCGGCAUAUGUACAUAAUUGUAAUGUUUGAAUAAGAACCGGGCAAAACAUAGGUUUGUUUGACAUUGAUAUGUUUUGAGGUGGAUGUUUGUUCAGUUUAAUUUUCAAAGAAAUUGGAGCUGCAUAGGUUGCUUCAAUACCCCUUUGCACUUUCCUUCAUUUGAUUUGUUUAUUUGUUUUAUUUUUGGGGUGCACUUUUGGUAGGUGUUUUCUGUGAAUGCUGCACAUUUGAUUUACAUUUAUUUCUCUAAAUAGUUUUAAUUAUCUAAAACAUUUAGUUGUAGGCCUAGUGUAGUUGCAGCUUUGCAAAGUUUUAGGAUUCUUGCAAUAUUUUUGUCCAUUUUCAGGACUAUUGUCAAUCAUGUCUUCUGUUGAAUAAUUUAAUUUCAAUUUAAGCUGAAAUAAAAAAAGUUUUAUUGACUUC